AUCGGAAAGUAAGCUUCGCCCUUCAGCUGAAUUUCAUCGACCACCCAGAUAAUACCUUUACACAAAGAGUUCGUUUUGUAGUUCUUGUCUUUGUAAAUGUGAAAACAAAGCAGUAAAUCGUUGCAUGAACUUUAUCUGAAAGGACAAGACAUGGCGUGGAGAACAUUUCGAGAUGUCUAUUCCGAGGACAACAAUUUUCUCAUAGGGGAGGACUUCAUGACUGAUCGUCUUCGUAGAGAAGCGAGACAGCUUCAUCUCAGCAAAUUUAAAACAACCCGCCGUGAGGCACAUUUUGCCAGGUACAGUAACUCUUUUCUGAAGUGCGACUUGGAGCGAACGAAUGAUCGAAUUGAACAAGAGAGGCAAUUGAGGUCUGCAGAAAUGGAGAGAGAACGAGCGGUUUUUGUGAAGCAAGCUGAAAGACGAAGAAAAAUAGUCCCUCGAAAAUUAAGUGAUAACAAUUCAAAGACAGCUUUUGCUACAACUGAAAAACUAGGAAGCAUGGAUGCACCUGAUGAAGGGGAUGGGGCUAAAAGUCUUCAAAAUCACAGCCGGAUUGUACGCCAAAGUAAUCAGGGUUUUAGACAGAGUAUAAUAAGCCAGAGCGCGUCACGCGCGUCAAGUUUUGAAGGAAAACGCGAUUUGGGGAAGGAGAUUGAACAAACUGCGGCGAUAAACGGCCGUCUUGAAGUAAGAUCUGUGAUGAGCAUCGAGAAUGAGAAAUCUAUUUUUAAUCAUGAAGGCACCGUUGAUGAGGAGACGAACUCUGAUCAAAUCAAUAAUUCAGAAAAUGCUGAAUCUGAGAAAAAGGGAGGAUCUGAAAAGGAGAAUCCACCUGUUUUGCCUGGGUCAGAAUCAGGAUCAGAACAAAAUUUAACAAUCACGUCGGCUCGAAGCCCUACACCAAAAACACGGAAUGCAAGAGCCUCGCUUUUGAACCGAAGGAAGUCUAGCAGUGCAAAACUUCCACCGGCGGUGACCGUGAAGAAAAUAAAAACCAAAUCUGCACACGAGAGAUGGAUUUGGGGAGAGUUUGACAAAAUUAUGAAGGGCUUCGCAGAUUUUUUACAGAUAGAGCACGUGCGAGUCAAUAUGAAGCAAGAAGCUGCUAUGGAAAAGGAUGUUCGGACCAAACCAGCACAAAAGAUAUCUCUUAAUUCAAUGCAGACUCUCAGUCCACUGUUCUUUCGUUACGGAGUGUCGGAUCAAAUAAUGCUUCAGUAUAGUAUAGAAUUAAUCAUCAAAGUUUAUAUUAACAGAGGUAAACACUCAGCAGUGGCAAAUACCGUGGAAACAAAAUUAGCUCUGUCACAACACACUGAUACUGGCGAACCCAGGAUGGAUUUAGACUUACGCGGCUCUACAAUUUCUACGUCUCCGGCGAGAAUAACGAACAGUUCUAGGGCGAGAUCAGAGCCUUUUAGAACUCAUGAUACUCACUCAAUGUUGGGCUCACCGCCAAAUUCACGGUGGACUAAAUCUUGUCGCUCGGAGCUUGACAUGACAGUUAUGAACGAACACAACCGGGAGAGAUUGAUCGAAGCGUUUUUGCCUGAUUUGAGAAAGAAUCACACUCGUAUGGGUUACAUACAUCGAGUGCAACCGUUUAAUUUGAAUCAGGAGAAGUUAAGAACAGUUCAAAUCCGUGCAAAAACUGCGUCUUACAACAGGGAUCUUCGCGAGCAUUCAAACAUUUCCUUAGGUCGCGGCAGAAAGGCGGCGAACAGUACAACUCCUCGACCUAAAUGGGCUGUCAAGCCUAUUCCGAUGAACUCUUCCAAUGACAGGCUUUGCCCCGAUAUUCCUCCGCAAACGGUAGCGUUUGUCAAGCGUCAUCAAUGGAAUUACAGUGAUGGAAGAUCAUUUCUAGACAGACCUUUACCGAAGAGGUCACCUGACAAGUAGUUAAGCACUCGUAUUUCCCGGAAGGAUUUUAAAUGGAGGUGUUACGGUAUCAGAAGCGGAGAGGUGAUAAGACAAGAAAUAAUUUUCGAAUGACACAGAGAAGGGGUUGCUAAGACUUGACGGUAUCAAUCGCUGAUAGCUUCGAUUCAUAUUGGAGACUAUGGAAUGCAUUAAAAAUUCACGGGUUCUCUAGACAACUUUGCCUUGCCUUUAAAAAAUGAAAAUGAGCCGUGAUUUUACUCCAAACUGACACAAAUAGAGCCUUAUAUUGGAGCAAACGUAAAAUGAUCAAGGCUUGACACUUUUAAAUUAAUGUCCGGAAUAAAUAUGUACAAUUGUAGCAUGCUUACAUUUCUCCUAUUUAUUUUGGCACUUGAUAACGUUGCUAAGUGUUAAAAUAUACUCUUUAUGAUCA